GCGUCUUACUCUUAACAGUAGCCUUUUUUAUUCUACUAGUUAAUCAACACCAACAUUUGGUUUGUUAGUUAAUUUUUUCAUGCACAUCACCUGUUUGAUAAAAUUGCAUUUGCUUUGUCUGUUAAUUUUUUCAUGCACAUCACCCGUUUGAUAAAAUUGCUUAUAGGUUUUGAGCUUUUGCUUUGCAAUAUUGGACUCAUCAUUUGUUUUGCUAGAGUCUUUGAACGAGUAGGAAGAGUUAGUUGUUAUGGUUGUUGUUCCUUCAUGAUAAUUUAAAUUAACUGCCAUAAUCAUACACACAAAAAAAGAUGGAUGGAAUUCUGGGAGCAAUGGAACAUUGUUGAAAUGAAUGAAAACAUUGGCUUGGCUGGUAAAGUCACUAUUUGAAAAUUAAAAGACACACAAAAGCUCCUUCAAAAGCAAUACCAUUUCUCUUACUGCCUUGCAAAAUUUCCUCUCCGUCGGUUCCUUGUUAUCUGCUUAUAUUUUAUUUAGGGACCCUUUUAACCUUUUGGGUCCAAUUCAAGUUCAAUGGGUCCUAAACAAUGUCAAAUCUGCCACAAAGCUCAGUCCAAGUACAAAUGCCCUAAAUGCUAUUUACCUUAUUGCUCACUGGCCUGUUUCAAAAACCACAAAGAACUUCCAUGUGUCAAUCCAACAACUUCAGCACCGAAAACAACUGCUUUGGAAUCACACGUAGAAAAGCCAUCAGUUGUGGAAAAUACUGUUUUGGAAGCAGUUGUAGAAAAACCAUUACUUGUUGAUAAAAGAGGCCAGGUGUUGGACCAAUUCCAAUUGGAGGCUAUAGCUUCUUCUAGUGAGAUUCGUGAUGCUUUGAAUAAUAAAUCCCUUCAAGAACUAGUUUGCCGUAUUGAUUGUUCCCCAAAUGCUGAGAAUGAACUUGAUAAAGCUAUGGCAGAUGAGGCAUUUCGCGUGUUCACAGACAAGAUUUUAUCAACUAUCAACCCCUAAGUGCGGAAUGAAGAGUUUGUGGACAAAAGUCAGAUAUGAAAGUAAUAGAAGAUAAGCCUCAAAAUUUUCUGGUUUUGGUUAAUCAGUAUAUCUUUUUUUUCUUCAUUUGUACAGCUCUACCUUGUUGUUAUUCAGCGUUUGUAACUUCAUUGAGCUCAUGUAUUGGCAUCAAAUUGAUUUUGGUACAUUUGGAUUUCUUGCAUGUAUAAUAUAUCCCCAAACCUGUAAGCGUUGCCUUUUACUUCCUUGGUUAUAAUUAAAACUUUUACUGAACCAAAAGUCAUGGUAUCUGACUAUCUGUAGACUUUGUUGCCUUACUUUCUGUAAACUUUUCAUAAGUGGCUUUUGUGUUUGUUACA